UCAAAACACCAUUGUCUUCUUAAUUCUCUUGUUUCAUUUUGAUUCUGAACGCAGUGAUGAAAAUUAAGGGUUCUUAUAGUAUUUUCAUUCUCGUUGUGUCUCUUAUUUUGUUCGGUAUCAUCGAUGUUUGUAAUGCCCAGAACCUGAGCAAAAACUUCUACAAAAAAACUUGUCCCCGAGUUGAGAAGAUCGUAAAAGAGAUUAUCCAGAAUCGAACCCGGAGUAAUCCGACUUUGGGCGCUAAGCUUAUCAGGAUGCAGUUUCAUGACUGCUUUGUUAGGGGAUGCGAUGGAUCAGUGCUGGUGGAUACAGUUAAUAAUUCGAAAGCUGAGAAAGAAGCAAUACCGAAUCUAUCCUUGAGCGGUUUCGAUGUGAUCGACGAAAUCAAGACCAGAAUAGAAAGGGCUUGCCCUAAAGUCGUUUCAUGUUCGGAUGUUCUUGCCUUGGCGGCUCGUGAUGCCGUUUCUGCACCUCUCGGACGACGAGACGGUAGAGUUUCACUGGCAACUGAGACCAGUGGAAACAUCCCUGGACCCUUUACGAACGUCAGUAGUUUGAUUCAGUUAUUUAACAGGAAAGGCCUUGAUGUUAAUGAUCUUGUUGUUCUUUCAGGUGCGCACACCAUUGGAGUUUCUCGAUGUGGAGCAUUCUCAAGAAGGCUUUACAACUUCACAGGCAAAGGCGAUGCGGAUCCGAGCUUGGAUGGAGCUUACACCGAAACCCUGAGAAAAAAAUGCCCGAACCCAGCAACUCCAACGACAACGGUGGAAAUGGAUCCCCAGAGUUCACUAUCAUUCGACAAUCAUUACUACGACAUCUUAUUACAAAACAAAGGGUUGUUCGUUUCUGAUGCUGCACUUCUUACAGACAGGACUUCCAACAGUGCCGUGAUCCGGUUACGAAGAUCGCCUUCUUCGUUUUUCUCUGCAUUCGCAAAAUCCAUGAAGAAAAUGGCUGCCAUCGACGUUCUCACUGGAAAUGCUGGAGAAAUCAGGCAAAACUGUCGUGUUGUUAAUCCAUUAAAAUAAGAACGAUUUGCAUGCAUUUUCUUAUCAGAA